UGCAAACCCCCCACACCAUCCCACUCCCCACCUCGCUCUGACUUCUCAGAGAGUCCUGACACAUCCCCCAAGGCGGCAACAGCACAGCUGCAUCUCGCCUCGUCUCGUCUCCCCCAAGCGAGAUCGCCUGCCGCCGCCCUCGCGCGCCGCGGGCCGAGCGCCCCCGAGGCUAGGGUUGGAGGGAGGACACAUGUCGGCGCCCGCGCCGGACCGGAUCCAGGCGGCGUGACGCGGAUCCGGCGGACGCGCGAGUGUGGGGGCGGCCAUGGCGUCCUCGCCGGUUAAAUUCUUCUCGGUGUUCCUCGCCGUCUCCGUCGUCGGAUGGGUCGUCUUCACAUUUGCUGCGAGAUUGCUAGCUUGGUUCUUGAGCCGUGUGCUCGCAGCUUCUGUUGGGUUUCGAGUUGCUGGGUUCAAUUGCUUGCGGGAUGUGACAAUAAAAUUUCAUAAGGGUUCAGUUGAAUCUGUUUCAAUUGGUGAAAUAAAACUAAGUUUCCGCAAGUCACUGGUCAAACUAAGUUUCGGUUUUAUCUCCAAGGACCCAAAAUUGCAAUUGCUUAUAAAUGAUCUUGAAAUUGUAACUAGAUCAUCAUCAGAAAACAAAAAGGUAAGAAAGUCAGCAAGGCCUCGUUCUACAGGAAAAGGGAAAUGGCUGGUCACAUCAAGCAUGGCAAGACUUUUUUCAGUUUCUGUGACAGAUUUGAUAAUAAAGGUACCAAGAGGUGCUGUUGAUAUCAAAGAAUUAACGGUGGAUACAUUGAAAAUUGCUGGACCUAGCCAUAUUCUUGGUGUCAAGUUGCAUCUUUUACCUUUGAAUGUACACUUUGGAGAUUUAGGAUUGGCUGCUGAUCCGAUGGGCAGUUGUAAUCUGCUUGAUGCUUUCCAGUCUGAUCAAGCUUCUGUAUCCAACUCGGAGAAAAGCUUGGCCCCAUUUGUUUGUGAAGAUUUGUUGAUUACUUGUGACUUCGGUCAUGAAAAGGAGAAAGGUAUCAAAAUCAUUAACCUGGAAUUGAAAUGUGGGCAUGUUAUUGCAAACAUUGAUGAAAGGUUGUUUCGCAAGAAACAUACAGUUCCGAAAUAUAAUACUUUUUCUUCGAACACUGGAGAUGCUAUCAUGGAUACUUCAGCAAUCAAACAGACAACGAAAAGCAAAUCUGUUCUACCAGCGUUAAAGAAACAAAUGCUCACAUUUCCGGAUAAGGUUAGCUUCAGUGUGCCGAAGCUUGAUGUGAAGUUCAGGCACCUGCAUGAAGGACUUAGUGUUGACAACAACAUUACAGGGAUCCAGUUUACUUGCGCAAAGUCCCUACCACAGGAUGAUUUAGAAGAAGCUACGCCACACUUCGAUGUUCAAAUUGAUCUAAGUGAAGUUCAUUUAGUUAGAGAAGGCUCUAGCUCUCUGUUGGAAGUUCUUAAAGUUGUCACCAUCGCAUCUUUGGAUGUCCCUGUGGACCCAUUUCUUCCAAUCAGAGCUGAGAUCGAUGCCAAGCUUGGCGGGACGCAGUGCAAUAUUAUGUUAAGCAGACUGAUGCCAUGGUUGUGGCUUCAUUCUUUGAGAUCCAGAGGAAUGAAACUUUCUAAGAGAGACUCCAAUCAAGAAAUUUCUCAGAAAAAGGAGUUCAAGCCAAUUUUGUGGACUUGCACAGUCGCUGCCCCGGAAACGGCUGUCAUGCUUUACAGUAUUGAUGGAUUGGCAUUGUACCAUGCUUGUUCUCAGUCAUUACAUUUGUUUGCAAAUAAUAUUGCAAGCAAGGGGAUUCAGAUACACACAGAACUUGGUGAACUGCUGGUGCACAUGGAGGAAGAAUAUAGAGAGUUCUUGAAGGAAAACAGAUUUGGUGUGGAUACUUACUCUGGUUCCCUAAUGCAUAUCGCUCGGGUGAGCCUCGACUGGGGAUACAGGGAAAGUGACGUCCAAGAUAUGAUUGAAACUAGUAGGCAUGCACUUGUUUUGUCCAUUGAUACUAGUGACAUAGAAGUGAAAUUUGGCUUCAAACAUUUGGAAUCACUUGUGCUUAAUUUGAUGUCGUUUAGGACUCUAUUUAAGAGUCUUCAGCCAUCUGGCGGAAGUGCUAAAGAGAAGAAUUUGGAGCAUAGAGGGGACAAGAAAUCGAAAGGUGUGAAAAUAUUGAAAUUAAGUCUACAGAAAUGCUCUGUUUCUUACUGUGGUGAUGCAAACAUAGUAAAUAUGGCAAUUGAUGAUCCAAAGCGUGUGAACUAUGGCUCGCAAGGUGGUCAAGUAAUUGUUAGUGUUUCUGCUGAUGGCACACCACGUAGGGCAAGCAUAACUUCAGUUUUACCGGGAAGUAACCGCAACUUGCGGUUCUCAGCAUCUUUGGUAAUAUCUCAUCUCUCUAUGUGUAUGGACAAGGAGAGAAAGACAACAGAAGCGGAACUGGAACGGGUGAAGACAAUCUAUGAGGAAUUACCUGAGGAUCAUAGUUCUGGUGUCAGAGUAACUUUACUAGAUAUGCAGAAUGCUAAAAUUGUUCGCCGAUCCAGUGGCCAUACAGAAGCUGCUGUGUGCUCCCUCUUCAGUGCUACAGACAUUAAUCUGAGAUGGGAACCUGAUGCUCAUUUAGCACUAUAUGAGACCUUCAUCCGCUUUAAGCAUUUCCUACAUUAUAACAAGUUUCAGAAUUCUGAAAAGCUGAUCAAUACUGAAGUCGCCAAUAGCAAAGCAAAUGAACAUGGCAACAUGACUGCUGGUUCAAUUAAACCUCAGAAGUCUAACAGAAAAGGAUCAAUUUUUGCCAUUGAUGUGGAUGUGUUAAGGGUAUCUGCUGAACUUGCAGAUGGUGUUGAAGCAAACAUGCAUGUGCAAUCCAUCUUUACCGAAAAUGCCAAGAUAGGUGUACUGUCUGAGGGCAUGUCUCUUAGUUUUAAUGGUUCUAGAGUUCUAAAGAGCACCCGCAUACAGAUAUCAUGUAUUCCUUUCAGCAAUGGAAGUUUGCUUGGCGCAAAGGUUGAGCCAUCAACAAAAAGAGAUUGGGUUGUUCAAGGGCUAGAUGUCCAUAUUUGCAUGCCUUACAGGUUGCCAUUGCGUGCCAUAGAGGAUGCUGUUGAAGAUAUGCUUCGUGCACUAAAGCUUGUCUCAUCUGCCAAAAGAAGUUUACUAUGUACUGAUGGAAAAGAAAAAUCAAAAAAGGUUAAUUCUCGGGCAUCCAAAGUUGGAUCUGUGAAGUUUGUAUUGCGUAAACUGACUGCAGAUAUAGAGGAAGAGCCCAUCCAAGGUUGGCUCGAUGAACAUUACCAUUUGAUGAAGAACAAAGUUUGUGAGCUAGGUGUUAGGUUGAAAUUUCUUGAGGAAGCUAUAUCAGGAAGUGUAGACCCAAACAAUCGCAGCUCUGAGAGAAAAAUUCUCUAUGAUGGCAUUGAAGUUGGUAUGCAUGACACGGCAGCUAUUCAAAGAUUUCAGGAAGAAAUCCAUAAGAAAACAUUUCGAUCAUAUUAUGUGGCUUGUCAGAACAUGGUACCCGCAGAAGGUUCAGGAGCGUGUUCAGAAGGUUUUCAAGCUGGAUUCAAACCCAGCUCGCGAAGAGCUUCUCUUCUUUCACUUUCUGCUUCAGAACUGGAUGUUACUUUGAUCAGGAUAGAUGGUGGAGAGGUAGAAAUGGUUGAAUUUAUAAAGGGGCUUGACCCUGUCUGUCAGGAGCAAAAUAUACCAUUCUCUCGGUUGUAUGGUAGUGAUGUUUCUGUCCUUGCUGGGUCCUUGGUUGUACAGUUGAGAGACUAUACUUCUCCUUUGUUUUCCUCGCUCAGUGCGAAAUGUCAAGGUCGUGUUGUGCUUGCCCAGCAGGCAACAUGUUUUCAACCCCAAAUACACCAAGAUGUUUAUAUUGGAAGGUGGCGAAAGGUCACGAUGCUACGUUCUGCCAGUGGUACUACUCCAGCAAUGAAAAUGUACUCUAAUUUACCUAUCUAUUUCCAGAAGGGAGAGAUAUCUUUUGGAGUUGGUUAUGAGCCAUCAUUCGCUGAUAUAAGUUAUGCAUUUCAAGUAGCCCUGCGGAGAGCUAAUCUUAGCAAAAGGGCUAGUUCUAGUCCAGCAGUCCAACCACCCAAAAAGGAGCGCAGCUUACCGUGGUGGGAUGACAUGAGAUACUACUUGCACGGAAAGAUAGUUUUGUAUUUCAACGAGACCAAAUGGAAAUUCCUGGCGACAACUAAUCCUUAUGAGCAUAUGGAAAAACUCCAAAUUGUUUCUGAAUAUAUGGAGAUCCAGCAAACUGAUGGUCAUGUGGAUGUUUCUGCGAAAGAAUUCAAGAUGUUCAUCAGCAGCAUAGAUAGUAUUACGAAGAACUGCAGGUUAACACGACCAUCUGGUGUGCCUAGACCUUUUAUAUAUGCUCCUUUGUUCUCCUUAAAUGUGGUUAUUGAUUGGCAGUGUGAAUCUGGGAAUCCAUUGAAUCAUUAUUUGCAUGCCCUCCCUGUUGAGGGGGAGCCACGGAAGAAAGUUUAUGAUCCAUUUCGAUCAACUUAUCUCUCUCUUAGGUGGAACUUCUCCCUUAGACCAUUGCAAUCCCAGUGUGGUAAUGGCCCAUCAUCUCCCUUUUAUGGAAAUAACUCACUGGUCCGUGGGACCACAUCUGGCAGUUCUUGCAAAACAGCUGAUGAUGAAUUCCCUACCAUGAACCUGGGAGCUCAUGACCUUGCUUGGGUUUUCAAGUGGUGGAGCUUAAAUUACAGCCCCCCUCACAAACUUCGUUCGUUCUCUAGAUGGCGUCGUUUUGGAAUUCCUCGGGCUGCUAGAUCUGGUAACCUCUCACUGGACAAAGUUUUGGUUGAAUUCUUUUUCCGUGUUGAUGCUACUCCCUGUUGCAUAAGACAUGUAACUUUAUAUCCGGAGGAUGACCCUGCUCGUGGCUUGACGCUUAAGAUGUCAAAUUUGAAGUAUGAGUUAUGUUACAGUCGAGGUAAACAGCAGUACACAUUUGAUUGUAAGCGUGAAUCGCUGGACCUUGUUUAUCGUGGUCUGGAUCUUCACAGGCCAGAGGUUUAUCUGAUGCGAGACAAUAGCAACCUGUCUUCAGUUGAAAAUGUAUGCAAAGUAAGGACUAGCGUCCAACAUUCACCAGGUAAAUUUAUUCACGACAGAAGUAACAUGGGCAAUUUCCAAGAAAAACAUGAGGAGGGCUUCCUCUUAUCUUCGGAUUAUUUCACGAUAAGAAAGCAAACUCGUAAGGCAGAUCCUGAAAGACUUGUGGGAUGGCAGGAUACUGGUAGGAGUCUUGAGAUAACAUAUGUUAGGUCUGAAUUUGAGGAUGACAGUGAAAGUGACCACACUUUAUCUGAGCCUAGUGAUGAUGAUGAUGAUUUUAAUGUGGUGCUUGCAGACAAUUGCCAAAGAGUAUUUGUUUAUGGCCUUAAGAUUUUAUGGACUCUUGAUAACCGUAAUGCAGUUUGGUCAUGGGUUGGAGGGAUUUCCAAAGCAUUUGAGCCUCCAAAACCCUCUCCUUCACGACAAUAUGCGCAAAGAAAGAUGAUUGAAGAAAGGAAUGCUGAGGGCUCUAAAUUGGUGCAAGAUGCCAGCUCUUCCAUACAUGUGGCUUCUCCAUCAGUGCAACAUGUGGAUGCUUCAGAUUCAUCUUCCCCGUUUCAUAAUAAAGCCAAUUGCUCCUCUGAUAAGGAUGUGAAGCAUGACAUUUUUGAUGACUCGGACAAGGGAGGAACACCCCAGUAUAUGGUUAAUGUUUACACACCCCAAUUCAACCUACAACCUGAAGAGUCAAAUGGAAGGUUUCUACUUGCUGCAGCCAGUGGUCGUGUGUUGGCACGUUCAUUUCAUUCGGUUGUUCAUGUUGGCAAAGAAAUGCUAGAGCAAGCAUUGGAAACAAGCAGCUUACAUAUUCUUGAGUUACAACCUGAAAUGACCUGGAACAAAAAUGAACUCUCGGUGAUGCUUAAAGACGUCCAAGCUCAUGUGGCCCCCACUGAUGUAGACCCCGGUGCUGGCCUGCAGUGGCUUCCUCGGAUUCUAGGUAGCUCUGAGAAAUUGAAGCGCACAGGUGCCUUGUUAGAGAGAGUAUUUAUGCCUUGCCAAAUGUACUUCCGUUAUACUAGACACAAAGGUGGAACUGCAGACUUGAGGGUUAAGCCAUUAAAGGAGCUAUGCUUUAAUUCUCCAGACAUUACUGCAACGAUGACUUCACGCCAAUUUCAAGUGAUGUUCGACGUGCUUAGGAAUCUUCUAUUAGCAAAUCUUCCCAAGCCUAGGAGAAACAGUCUUAAGUAUCCAUCAGACGAUGAAGAUAUUGAAGAAGAGACUGAUGAGGUGGUGCCUGAUGGAGUACAAGAAGUGGAGCUUGCGAAAAUUAACCUUGAACAGAAGGACAGGGAAAGGAAGUUACUGCUUGAUGAUAUAAGGUCCCUCACUGGAAAUUGGGAUAAGGGAACAGAUCAGUUUCAUUCUGUAGAAAAGGGUGAUUGUUUAUGGAUGAUCAACUGCGGGAAAACUUCAUUGGUGGCAGGACUGCAUAGGGAUUUUAAAAACAUUGAGACAUCUCGAAAAUCUGCAUCUUCAGCAUUAAGGGAAGAACUUCAUAAGGCUGCACAAUCAUGCUUGGAGAAGGGGAAGAAUAAAACCCCUUCUUGUGCCAUGCGGAUUUCAAUGAAAAUUAGCAAGGUUGUAUGGAGCAUGCUCGCAGAUGGAAACACUUUUGCAGAAGCUGAGAUCAAUGAUAUGGUGUAUGAUUUUGAUCGGGAUUACAAAGAUAUAGGCAUUGCUCGGUUUACAACUAAAUACUUUGUUGUGAGGAAUUGCAUGGCCAAUGCGAAAUGUGAUACAUUAUUGUCCGCCUGGAACACACCUCCUGGAAAAAUUAACAUGCUCCGUGUGGAUGCGAAGCAAGGUGCUCCUAAGGAUGGAAAUUCUCCACUUGAGCUCUUUCAGGUGGAGAUAUACCCGUUAAGAAUAUAUCUGUCUGAAGCAAUGUAUAGAAUGAUGUGGGAGUACUUCUUUCCUGAAGAAGAUGAUUCGCAGCGACGACAGGAAGUUUGGAGAGUUUCAACAUCAACUGGACCUCGAAGAACAAGAAGGCCCUCUUCUGGUGUUGAUGCUGCUACUUCUAGCAGCUAUUCUGUCAGAGAACAUGAGCUUCCUGGGAAGUCAGGUGCAAUUGUAUCUACAUCAACAAAUGUCUCGAGUUGGCAAGGCUUACACGGUGACAACUCACAGGUGUCGAAAUUUCAGAGUAUAAAAGCAAAUAUGGUAUGCGGUUCGCAUCAAGAGUUGCGCCGGUCAUCUUCAUUUGAUAGGACUUGUUAUGAAAGCGCGACAGAAAGCGUCACAAGUAAUGAUGUGCUAUCACUCGUGAACUCUUCAGCUGUUUAUUCAAAAGUAGAUGUGAACAGUUCUGUGUCAGAGAAUUCUGUUGUGGUAACUGAUAUGUGGAGAAGUAAAACGAAAGAUUCUAAGCCUGCCAAGUCUGGCCGUCUCUCUCAUGAGGAAAAGAAAGUUGGGAAGUCAAAUAAUGAUGAAAAGAAGACACGAGCUCGGAAAACGAUGGAAUUUCGUAACAUCAAGAUCAGCCAGGUUGAACUUCUUGUCACGUACGAGGGAUCGAGGCUUGCUAUUAAUGACCUAAGGCUGCUUAUGGACACUUUCCACAAGCCAGAAUUUACUGGUACAUGGAGGCGACUAUUUUCUAGAGUCAAGAAACACAUCAUCUGGGGAGUUUUGAAAUCAGUGACUGGAAUGCAGGGGAAGAAGUUUAGCAACCAUAGGGAAAUACUUGAGGGUGCUGUUCCUGAAAACGAUCUAAAUUUGAGUGACAGUGAUGUUGAUCAUCAUGGAAAACCUGAUCAAUUAACAGCUUCAUGGUUGAAGAGGCCAGGCGAUGGUGCAGGUGAUGGAUUUGUCACGUCAAUUAGAGGGCUCUUCAAUACACAACGCCGCAAGGCGAAGGCCUUUGUGAUUCGGACAAUGCGAGGUGAUGGACAUAGUGAUGAAUAUCAUGAUGAAUGGAGCGAGAGUGAUGGCGAGUACCCUUUUGCGAGGCAACUUACAAUUACAAAGGCCAAGAAGCUUAUACGAAGAAAAUUCCGUCCAAGAGGGCAAAAGAACUCGGGUCUGUCAUUGCAAGAUUCACUCCCAUCUAGUCCGCGGGAAACAACGCCAUAUCAAAGUGAUUCCUCCAGGUCAUCAUAUGAGGACUUCCAUGAGCAGUAAAACCGUGCUGGUAGAUGGUUGGUGCUGUUUUCAGCUUCUACAUUUGGUGGACAAGAUACAGUUGGAUGGGGGCAAGGACAAUCUCCGUAUAGCCCUUCCAAAUGUGGCGGAGCUGUCUGCCUGCCCAGGCGCAUGGCAAGCCCCUUGUACAUAUAGGUAGGGUGUAGUGGAGGAAUUUGUGUAGCGUGUGUUUAGCAAUCAGAUGUAUCAUCAAAACAUUAAGAUGUAUCAUAUAUAUAGUGGAUGGGCAUUGUAUCCCUAAUUAUAUGGCCAUGUAAAUUAAUAAAAGGCCCCUCGUGCUCCUAGAAAACGAAACCCCUAAUUCAUGGCACAAGGCCCUCACAUGUACUUCGGAACUAGUAUACAUGUAUAUUCAAUGGUGAACGCGUAAAACUACUUACACCCCAA